GUGCGUGGAGCGCCCAGAGUCUGGGUCCGAGUGCGCGUGCAUGGUACGAGGUGCGUGCGUCAAGGCAGCGCGUGCGACGGUGCGGCCAGAAACAGGCGUUUCCAUUGGUGAAGAGGGGCACGGCGCGUGAAGUAAAAGCUCGUGGCCGAAGCUGCUGGACAUGAAAUUCGACAUGACGGAGGAACUAGAACGAGUUCUUUCUCAGCUCACCGAGCCCGACGGCGCCCGUAUCAAGCAGGCUACAGCGCAGCUCAAAGCGGCUUUUAAAGACCCGGCGGUGAUUCCUGCUCUGUGCGCCGUCAUGAGGGGCUCUCAGAAACCACAGGUGCGUCAGACUGCUGCAGUGAUGCUGAGGAUGAGGGUGAUGAAACGCUGGAAGAAGAUCAGUCUGGAGCACAGAGAGAGCCUGAAAGCUGUGGUUCUGGAAGCUUUUCGGCAGGAAUCGGAGCAUUUUGUGCGCCACUCACUGUCUCAGCUCAGUGCUGUGUUGGUAAAGCACGAAAGUCCGGAGCGCUGGCCUGCGCUGCUCACCGUCCUCAACCAGUCGACCAAGAGCCCGAACCCCCAGGACAGACAGGUUGGUUUGCUCCUGCUCAGUAAAGUGGUGGAAUCAAACCCAGAGGCCUUCAGGCCUCACUACCGGCAGCUGCUGCAGCUGUUUGAUACUGUGCUGCAAGAUGUGAAUAACCCCACAGCCAUGUAUUACUGCAUCCUCACCCUGACUACCUUGACUGCCUACGCUGGUGUUGCAGAGCAGAACCUAAUGAGGUCACUUCUCCCAAAGCUGACUAUUUCCAUCAAGCACCUCAUCAAGGUAGACCAGGAUCAGGCUGGUGAGGCAAUGGAAAUUUUGGAUGAGCUGAUGGAGAGUGAGGUGUCCCCCAUCAUUGUCCCCCACAUCUCUGAAAUUGUUCACUUCUGUCUAGAGAUAGGGGCAGACAAUUCCCUCAAUGACUCCAUAAGAGUGAAGGCUUUAUCCUGCAUCGCUUCUCUCAUCAGACUGAAAAACAAGGCUGUUUUAAAGCAGAAGCUGCUGAGCCCUAUCUUGCAGAUGGUGUUCCCUGUGCUGAGUGCAGCACCUCCUCCUGGCCAGGAGGACCUUGAGGACCAGGAGCAGGACAUGGAUAAUGAAGGAGAUGUCGAGAGCCCCAAGCACUUUGCUGCUCAGGUUAUAGACACACUGGCUCUGCACAUGCCCCCGGAAAAGCUCUUCCAACACAUUUUGCCCCAGGUGCAGGUGUGCCUUUCCAGUGAGAACCCUUACCAGAAGAAGGCAGGUGUAGUGUGUCUGGCCAUGCUGGCCGAGGGCUGCGCUGGCUACAUCCGCAGGAAGAUGCUGCCGUUCAUGUUGCGUACGGUGUGUCACAGCCUGUCAGACACCAGUCAGGUUGUUCGCAGUGCUGGUUUGCUCGCUUUGGGCCAGUUCUCUGAGCACUUGCAGCCGGAUGUUAGCAACUACUGCGCAGAUGUGAUGCCACUGUUGCUGAGAUACCUGGCGGGACUGAACCAGACCAUGACUGUGCAUGUGUCCAAGGCCUUCUAUGCACUGGAGAACUUCAUGGAAAAUCUUGGUGCAGAAAUUGAGCCCUAUUUACCCACUCUCAUGGAGACCAUGCUGGGUACACUGAGUAACGCUGAGAACCUAAGGAUCAAAGAGCUUGUUGUCAGUGCUAUUGGAGCCAUUGCCAGUGCAGCGAAGAAGCUGCUGGUGCCUUACUUCCCAGCUGUGAUUGAGAACUUGAAGGGCUUUCUAUUGGACAUACGGGAUGAAGUGAGGUGUCUGCAGACGCAAUCUCUAGACACCCUGUCAGUGCUGGCCCGCAAUGUGGGCAAGGAAACAUUCAGCCCUUUGGCAGCAGAAUGUGUGCAUCUGGGCCUCAACCUCACCAAUAGUGUGGAUGACCCUGACCUGCGCCGCUCCACGUACUCCCUGUUCUCUGCUGUAUCCACAGUCAGCCCAGAAUGUCUAAACCCUCAUCUUGGCUCCAUCACCACAGCCAUAAUGCUGACCAUGAAGUCUACAGAAGGAGUCACGGCGCACUUGGAGGAAGAAAAACAGUUUGUACUCCUUGAUGAUGAAGAGGAUGAUGAUUUAAAUCUAGAGGAGGAAGAGGACAUAGAGGGAAAUGACAGAGACGUGUCUGAAUUCAGUGUAGAGAACGCCUACGUUGACGAGAAGGAAAGUGCAUGUGAAGCUUUAGGAGAAAUUGCCUUCAAUACUGGUGCUGCCUUCCUACCCUUUAUGGAGUCAGGUUUCCAGGAGGUGUUUGCAUUACAUGAUUUUCCCCAUGAGGAUGUGCGCAGGGCUUCCUUUACUGUUAUGGGUCAGUUCUGUAGAACUUGGCAUAAAAUCUGGAAGGAAAACCCCACUCAAGAAAACCAUCAAGUGCUGCAGAACACUUUGUCUGUAGUGCUUCCUAGCUUGCUGGAAGCUGUGAGGAAGGACCGUGACCAUAACGUGGUCAUCGCUGCACUUGAGUCCAUGAAUGGUGUCCUAAAGGCCUGUCAGGAGGAGGCAUUACAGUCAGAGGCCAUGUUGGCAGAAAUCAGCCAUGUCAUUCGCGAUGUUUUCAAGAGUAAGACAGCUUGUCAAGAUGUUAGUGAAGAUGAAGCAGAUGAUUGUCAGGCGGAGUACGAAGCCAUUCUGCAGGAGUUUGCGGGGGAGGGAAUCCCGCUGUUGGCUUCUGCUGUCCCAGCCGACACUUUCUACCCAUACCUGAAUGAACUGCUGCCCUUCAUUAUGAAUAAGACUAAAUCCUCUUGCACUGUGGCUCAGCGCUCCUUCUCCCUGGGCAUGCUGGCAGAGAUCGCACACUCACUGGGUCUUGUGUCUGGGGGGAGGGCGGUUGCUGGACGCCUGUCCAGUCGACUGCUGCCAGUGAUGGUGAGUGGGGUGCGGGACAGAGACCCAGAGGUGCGCAAUAACAGCGUGUUUGGCUUGGGGGCACUGGCCCAGGCCGCUGGACCUCUUCUAACAGAAAGUUAUCCUAUGUUGCUCUCCCUGUUCUCCUCCCUCCUGGUGAAAGAGUCUGACAGGAGAGUCAUUGACAACAUCUGUGGAGCCCUGUGUAGAAUGAUCACUAGCAAUGCACAGUGUGUCCCAUUGGAUCAGGUGUUUCCUGCCCUCCUGUCGCACCUCCCGCUUAAAAAGGACCUCGAGGAAAACAAAACUGUGUUUGGUUGUCUGGCCUUCCUGUACAACCAUAACCCAUCACUGAUUGUGAAUCACCUAAAAGCUAUUCUCUCUACUGCCAGCCUUGUUAUCAGGACAGAAGACCUUGACGCAGAUACCCGGAAUACUUUCCUCCUGUUGCUGAGAGACGUGGCUCAGCAUCACCCUCAGGAGUUCCAAGGGGCGGUGUUGUCUCUUCCGCCAAAACAAAAGGCCACACUCACAGCGGCUGUCGCGCACUUGUAGCCCCGACCUGCACGUGUGCGCUGUCAGGAACACCAGUGGGUUUUACACGAUGCCAGUGACUGGGGUAUACACACCUAUACUACAUGCCCUGACAGAAUACUUUCUUUGCAUAAUGUAUUUGGAGUAUUUAAUAAAAUCAAGCUGCUCAUUCAGUUUUUAUUCUCAUCUGCACUUGUUCAUUUCCAUUUGUGAGAGAAGUUACUUGUUCUGGAGUUACUGCAUGAAGAGGCUGUUUCAGUUGUACCCCCCAUAGUGCAGUGCUUCGAUUAAUCUCCCUUGAUCUCUUUAUUGACU